UGCAAGCUACACACAGGGAGGGCCAGGAUUUGAACUCCAUUCCUCCAAACUCUCACGAGCAAAAAAAAAAAAAAAUGAGCGUCUCGUGGAGGCUCGUCUGGCCUUUCCUGCACUUUCUGCUCCUCGGUACGUGCCACCGGGCUUGGAGCUUCGAGCUGACCCUGCUGCACACCAACGACAACCACGCGCGCAUCGAGGAGACCAGCGUGGACUCGGCCAAGUGCCCGGCCGGGGGUCGCUGCUUCGCCGGGGUGGCGCGACGCUUCACCAAAGUGUCGCAGAUCCGCAGGGACGAGCAGAACGUCCUGCUGCUGGACGCCGGCGACCAGUUCCAAGGCACCGUCUGGUUUAACUACUACAAGGGCGCGGAAGCAUCUUAUUUUAUGAACAAAAUUGGCUAUGACGCGAUGGCUUUCGGGAACCACGAGUUCGACAAUGGAGUGGAGGGUCUUAUCGCUCCUUUCCUGCAGAAUGUUAAUUGCUCAGUGGUGAGUUCCAACAUCAGACCGGACCAGACACUGGCCCCGAACUUGAGCCGCUAUUACCGGCCUCACGCGAUACUGAGCGUGGGCUCGGAGAAGGUGGCCGUGGUGGGAUACACCACCGUAGAGACCCCCUUCUUGUCCAUGCCAGGACCACACCUGAAGUUUGAGGAUGAAGUCACAUCCCUGCAGGUUGAAGUUGACAAGCUGCUCACACUUGGCUACAACAAGAUAAUCGCCCUGGGACACUCGGGUUUCGAUGUGGAUCAAAUCAUUGCCAAGCGAGUUAGAGGAGUCGAUGUGGUCAUCGGAGGACACACAAACACCUUCCUAUAUUCAGGAUCCGCUCCAUCUAUUGAAGUGCCAGUAGGUCCGUACCCAUUCAUGGUGAGGUCGGAUGAUGGCAGAAAUGUGCCGGUGGUUCAGGCGUAUGCCUUUGGAAAAUACCUGGGCUACCUGAAGGUGACCUUUGACCAGGCUGGAAAUGUCAUAAAGGCAGUUGGAAACCCGAUCUUGUUGGACAGUAGCAUACCUCAAGAUCCCAACAUCCUUGCUGAUGUCCAUAAGUGGAAGAAGAACCUGGAUCAGUACUCGCGACAAUAUGUCGGCCAGACAUUAGUUUACCUCAACGGGACCUUUGAGGAGUGCCGUUUUCGGGAAUGCAACCUUGGAAACUUGAUUUGUGACGCCAUGGUUAACCACAAUUUAAAAGAAGCGAACGAGCUGCAGUGGAACCACGUGGGCGUGUGCAUAUUGAACAGCGGAGCCAUUCGCACAGCAAUUGACGAGCGCUAUAAAAAUGGCACCAUAACAAUGGAGGAGAUCCUCACCGUCUUACCAUUUCAACAAACAGUGGACUUGAUCCAGAUAAAGGGCUCAACCAUGAAAAAGGCUUUUGAGCACUCAGUUCACAGAUAUGGAGGCAUGCACGGAGAAUUCCUGCAAGUGGCAGGCAUCCAUGUAGAGUAUGACCUCUCAAAGCCAGUAAAUCAGCGGGUCGUAUCCUUGUCUGUGCUCUGCACCCGCUGCAGAGUGCCAAAGUACGAACCGCUGGACAUGGAGAAGACUUACACGGUGGUCAUGCCUUCCUACCUCGUGGCCGGAGGUGACGGCUACACAAUGUUCAAAAAGGAGAUGCUCAAGCACAAUACAGGUGAUAUGGACAUUUUGGUUUUGUCCAAAUACAUCUCCAACAUGAAGCGCGUCUACCCAGCUGUGGAAGGACGGAUCAAGUUCAGGGGCACUUCAACAAAUAAUAAUUCUGCACCCUUAUUGGCCCAAAGCCUCACCCUGCUGUUGUUGUGUUUAAUUUUUUCUCUGACACUCUGA